AUGUGGCGGGUGUUGGCGCGACGCGUAGCCCGGGGCGCGGCGGGAGCUCCUGGUCUGGUGCGGAGCUGCCGAGCGCUCGGUACCGCUGGGGCCGGCCGCCGCGCGGCGGUGGGGGUCGGGGCUGUGCCGCUGGGCCGCGGCCCAGCGUGGGGCGGCCCCAUGCACCGGUCUGGCGGGCUCCUGCUGCCUCCUGCCUGGCCCCGGCUCGUCCCGUGCCGCUGCUGCAGUCUCCCGGCACACCAGAAGGUGGCCUUGCCAGCUCUGUCCCCCACAAUGCAGAUGGGCACCAUUGCGCGCUGGGAAAAGAAGGAGGGUGACAAGAUCGGUGAAGGAGAGCUCAUAGCAGAGGUGGAGACAGACAAAGCCACAGUUGGCUUUGAGAGCCUGGAGGAAUGCUACUUGGCCAAGAUCCUGGUACCAGAAGGAACAAGAGAUGUUCCUAUUGGGGCCAUAAUAUGUAUUACAGUAGAAAAGCCUGAACAUGUUGAUGCCUUUAAAAAUUUUACUCUGGAUUCUGCAGCGUCUGCCCCCCCUGCAGCCUCAGUGCCUCCCCCUCAAGCUGCAGCUCCCUCACCGCCAACUCAGCCUUCUCCUCAGGCUCCUGGCAGCUCUUACCCUCCUCAUAUGCAGGUCACACUCCCUGCCCUGUCACCUACCAUGACAAUGGGCACAGUGCAGAGAUGGGAGAAGAAGGUUGGGGAGAAACUGAAUGAGGGAGACUUACUGGCAGAAAUUGAGACAGAUAAAGCCACAAUAGGCUUUGAAGUGCAGGAGGAAGGCUACUUGGCAAAAAUCUUGGUGCCUGAAGGAACAAGAGACGUGCCAUUAGGAACAGCUCUCUGCAUCAUUGUGGAGAAAGAGUCUGAUAUUCCAGCCUUUGCUGACUACCAAGACACUGCAGUAACUGACAUGAAAGCACAAGCUCCUCCUCCUCCUCCUCCACUAGUGGUGGCAACUCCUGUUGCUGCUCCUCCUCCCCAGCCUGCUGUUCCUUCCACUCCAGCAGUCCCCACAGCUGGGCCACCUCCCCGGAAAGGAAGGAUCCUGGUUAGUCCCCUGGCAAAGAAAAUGGCAGCAGAAAAAGGAAUUGACCUUGGCCAGGUGAAAGGUACUGGACCAGAUGGUAGAAUCACAAAGAAAGAUGUGGAGUCAUUUGUGCCACCAAAAGUUGCUCCAGCUCCAACACUAGAGGCAGUUCCUGCAGCUGCUGCAGUUGCAGCAGCACCAGUGGGGACCUUCACAGAUAUCCCUAUCAGCAACAUUAGGAGGGUAAUUGCUCAGCGGUUGAUGCAGUCUAAACAAACAAUACCUCACUACUACCUUUCUGUUGAUAUAAACAUGGGAGAAGUACUGGUGCUAAGGAAAGAACUCAAUCAGGAGGUCUCGGAUAACAUUAAGCUUUCUGUCAAUGACUUCAUAAUUAAAGCUUCUGCUCUGGCGUGCUUGAAGGUGCCCGAGGCAAAUUCUUCAUGGAUGGACACAGUUAUUAGGCAAAAUCACGUAGUGGAUGUUAGCGUUGCAGUUAGUACUCCUGCAGGGCUUAUAACCCCUAUUGUGUUUAAUGCACAUAUAAAGGGCCUGGCUUCCAUUAGUAAGGAUGUGGUUUCUUUGGCAACUAGAGCCCGAGAAGGUAAACUUCAGCCUCAUGAAUUCCAGGGUGGUACUUUCACGAUUUCCAAUUUAGGAAUGUAUGGGAUUAAGAAUUUCUCUGCCAUAAUCAAUCCACCUCAAGCCUGCAUCCUUGCAGUUGGUUCCUCAGAGAAAAGGCUAGUGCCAGCUGAUAAUGAGAAAGGAUUUGAUGUGGCCAGUGUGAUGUCCGUUACACUUAGCUGUGACCAUCGUGUUGUAGACGGAGCAGUUGGAGCACAGUGGCUUGCUGAAUUCAAGAAUUUCCUUGAAAAGCCAGUAACCAUGCUGCUAUAAUUUAACCAUGCAAGCAAAAUUUUCCUGGGUCACACUGUUUUGUUUUAAACAAGCUAUUUAGACUUUAGUGUUCAGACUUAUUAAAAGAGUUCCUUUUUUAUUUUAAAUAUGUAUUAUAUUAUCUGGUAAUGUUAUUACCAGUCUGUACAGAAAAAGUUUGCAGAAGUGCUUUUCAGAGCAAUAUUACAGCUAUACUGUAUUUUUAUACAGUUAAUUAACUUGCAAACUCUUCCAAAACAGAGUUAAGCAUCCCAGAUUUACAAAUUAUCCAGGCAGCAUGCAUACUGCCAUCUGCUUCUAAACUAGGGUGAACAAGGGGGUGCAUACCAAGCCAUUUAAUGACCUCAGUGUUCUCAGAAAUUUGAAUUAUAAACAUCUCUUCACAGGAGUUCAGAUGAGAUGGUAACUGAAACGUACAAGUUAGUAGAAGGUGAAUUCCCUUAUUAUCCUGUUCUCCUGCUGGGGUGGGCAAGUAUGAUAGAUGCACUAAGGGACUGAAGCAGCUGGGAAUAGUUUCUCAAAGGCCAAGUGCCAGUAUUCCAAAUCUCUCUUGGAAUUUGGCACUGGUCUGGACCUUCUUGGCUAUGCCAUCCCUUUUGAGCACUUUAAAGUAAGGUGAGAGAGCACUGAUAUCUGUGGGGUCUCAGCUCUCAGAUACCACAGGGAAUGUGCCGUCUUCUCGUGGACUUUCACUUACAUGUGCUUUUUAUAUGAAAACUCUUUAAUUGCUAUUCCUCUUGCUAAGUUAAUAUCAGACUAUGGUGCCAUGGAAGUAACUGUUUUGCAGAAUGUUCAAGAGAAUCUGUGUGUUGGAACCCAAUAUAGGCAAAUCACACAUGCUAAUAAUCCCAUCAGUAGGUAUUAAUCAUGUGAUGACUCGAAUGUUUGGAAUUUUUUUUCAGGCAUUCUAACAUAGGAAGCUCUGAGUUAGUCACUGGUACUGCAGUUCUUCCCUGAAUUGUCUAUGUUGUCCCAGCCUCAGUAAGCUGCAGAAUGUGCUAUCCAUGUAUAUAUUGUAUGUAAAAUGCUUCAAUAGUUUGUUGGACUUGUGUCCAGUUACCCCAGUCAUAUCCUUGAAAGGGGUGCAGUGCUGAACAUUCUUAAAUUCCACUUUCCACAUGGAAAUGUUAAUGUAGAAAGGACGACUGUGUAGUAGUUACAAAGUGACCAGGAGAAUUAAAUAGCGGGAGAGAAUUUAAAAAAAAAAAAAAAAAGGAAAGAAAAAGUUAAAGCUGAUCUGUUAUUCUGUAUAUUGCAUUAAGUACUGUCUCCUGUAAAGUUCUACAAAAUUCACUAAAGAUAUUGAAAGAAAAUACUGUGGAAAUUAAAUAUUUUUGUGGGAACUAUUUAAUGUCUGGUUGCUGUGAUACCUGGGUUUCAUGCCUGGCUUAAGCAAAAAAGUGCAUUAUGGUUUUGUUUUUUCUUCAAUGAUCUAAAAUAUCUUGGUUCCAGACUUGCUCUAGUGAACCUACGUUCUAUUAAAUGUUUGGAAUUGACAACUACUAAAACAUGUUCCAGUGCUUUUCUGUUCAGUUGUGUGUGGCUUACUGUACUGCUAUAGCACAAUCAGAGCUGUUUAGCCUUUCAGUCUGAUAGUGAAACUUACCCUAUUAACCUUAAAUUGUAAUCACAAAUGUUCCAAAAUAAUACAUGCUUUAUUACUAUCGUGCAGCAGUGAACUUCAAUCUUCCCGGCUUCCUUGCUGCAGUUUUCAACAGAACCUCAAAUUCUGGCUACGGAGACCUUUAACUUUAUUCCUGCAGUAAGAACACUAAAUAGUUUAUCCUAUGGAAAUGCUCUCUGAAUGACUGUCAGACUCUGGAACACUUGGAAAACAAAAAAUCCUAGCCAGUGUAUGUGCUUGGAGUGCUGAUAGUGACUUCUGGUACUGCUUGCAUCCUGCAACAGGCCGGCUCGGCUCCUGCGGUGAUAGGAUUUCAGCUUGAACUUGCAACUGUAACCACUAAACGGUGUUUCAGUGCAGCCUUCUAAGUUGCUUUGAAACAAAGAGGGGGUAAAGCUAGGAGUUACUGCUCUUUUGUAAGCCUGUACUUUAAAGUUGUAGCUCAAAACAAAUUUGUUUGUUUCCAUUUCUGAUCUGAUGAAUAUCGGUACAGAAACAUGGUUGUAGUGCUAAUGUGUUACAGAAGCUAUAAGAAUGACGUACCACCAAAUCAAUCAUGAAACUAAGAUGACAAACUUUUGCUUGUCCCUUUCCCAAUUAAUUCUAGUAAUGCGUAGUAAUCCUUGACCUUGUUUUGUGUUGCUUUGUAUUACUUUGUAUUUUGUGUAAACUAAUGCAGAUAGUUGUUUCUAGUUGAAGUGCUCCAAGAUUGUUUUUGGUUGCUAGCUUCACACUUAGCAUUCCUGAGCUUUGAAUCUCUAUAUGCUGUUUCGAAUAGUACAAAAUAGGUCUGUUGUUUUAUGGUCCCAUUCAGAGAUUACCAAACUGGUAAGAAGUGAGGUUAAGCAUAUUCAGUGACUGGAAAGACUACAAAGCCUAUUCCAGUUAAGAUCAGCAGGGAUUGUCCUAAAGAGAACAGCAACAGCAUUCAGGGCAACCUGUAGAACUGUGUAUGACACACCUCUGCUGGUUGUUGCAAUAUUAAAUACACGUGAGAGCUGCUCUAACCAUGUGAAUCCAGUAAUCAAUUUAUUUAGCAAAAAGACUUCAUAAC